GUUGAGCCAAUCUGCGAUGCGUUUAUCCCUGCCUACAGUCUAAAAGAGCGAGUUAUUAUUUCCAGAAAAUAGCAAAAACGACUUAUUUAUAAAGUGUGGUAAAUAAUUCAGAUGUGUGAAGCAUUUGAUUGCGUUUUUUAUAUAUGUUUUGCUGGCUCGGUAAUGGAGUAGGUUGCGUCAAUAAAGGGCUCUGGCAGCUGCGUGAAGUUGGUAAAUAAGGGGUUGACCUCGUGGUGUCAGACAAACUGGAUUAAGGUCUGCCAGCCGCAGCGCCUGCUGCAGGCUAAGGACUGCUCACAGUUACCUGCUAUUUAAUAGGCCCUUCCACGCUAAAAAACAAACAACCACCCUCUUCAUAUCUGUGUUACAUAACUCAGGGGGGGUACGUUUGAUUCGAGUCGCCAGGGUCGUCCUACCUCCGAUAUCCUCGGAGAGAGCAGCAGCAGAGACCCUUCGACAAGUGCUGCAGAAGUUGUCCUCAUCCAUUUAGCCGUCAUGGCGAGCGAUAUGGUUUUACUGAUGCGAGGCUUGGCUAAGCUGAGCCAGGCAGUGGUGGAGACUCAGACCAACGCACUGCGAAAUGGAACAGCGGUUCAAGGAGUCGGUACUGCGGUGGGAAGUGUGCAGGCAGCUGCAGAGCAAGGCCUGUCUGCUGCUAUGAUGAAAAUGCAGGAGUUGUCAGGUCAACAGAAAACCUCAUCAGAGUCGGAGUUUGACUUUCCUCAGGACGAUGCUUCAUUCACAGCCUCAGAGUUCGGCGAGGAAGGCGUUGACUCGGCAUCAGAUCACUCAAGAAGCAGCGCAGACGAAGCGGCAGGUGUUGGCGCGACACAUUCGGUGUUUGAGGGGUACAAGGAUCCCAGCAAGCAGUUUGGUGGUCACACCAGGUCGUACCACCAAGACGCCAGGCAUUUCUUCGGGCACCCUCUCUACAACCACGAGGUGAACCGGCGCAUCUGGCAGAAGGUCUACUGUCAGCCGGGUCAGCUCAGGAGCUAUCAUCAGGACCCGCCUUCAGUGGAGGGGCUGACAGCCGAAGACAUAGCGAAAACCAGCCAGAGCAAAAGAGGGGACUCAAAGCCUCACAAACAGAUGCUCAGCGAGAGAGCCAGAGAGAGGAAAGUUCCGGUGACCCGGCUCAGCAGACUGGCUAACUUCGGAGGGUUAGCUGUGGGUUUGGGCAUCGGUGCGCUUGCAGAAGUCGCCAAAAAGUCGAUUGGACUCAACGGAGCUUCAGGAGAAAAUAAAAAAUCCGUUCUGGACUCGAGCCCUUUCCUGUCCGAGGCCAAUGCUGAGCGCAUCGUCCGAACGCUGUGCAAAGUCAGGGGAGCUGCGCUGAAGCUCGGGCAGAUGCUCAGCAUCCAAGAUGAUGCCUUCAUUAAUCCUCACUUGGCCAAGAUUUUCGAGCGCGUCCGGCAGAGCGCUGACUUCAUGCCAAUCAAGCAAAUGAUGAAAGCACUAAACAGUGACUUGGGUCCAAACUGGAGAGACAAGCUGGAGUUUUUCGAGGAGCGUCCGUUUGCAGCGGCUUCCAUUGGGCAGGUUCACUUGGCGAGGAUGAAAGACGGCAGGGAGGUGGCCAUGAAAAUACAGUAUCCUGGUGUGGCUCAGAGUAUCAACAGUGACGUUAACAACUUGAUGACCGUACUGAAUAUGAGCAACGCUCUGCCUGAAGGUCUUUUUCCUGAACAUCUGAUUGAUGUCAUGAGGAAAGAGCUGGCGCUGGAGUGCGACUAUAUUCGAGAAGCUCAGUGUGCAAAGAAGUUCAGAGAGCUGCUGAAGGACGAUCCGUUCUUCUUCGUGCCGGAAGUGAUCGACGAUCUGAGCAGCAAACAUGUCCUAACUACAGAGCUUGUUCCCGGGUUUCCUUUGGACAAGGCAGAGAGCCUCUCACAGGAGCUGAAGAACGAGAUCUGCCAGAACAUCCUGCUGUUGUGCCUCAGAGAGCUCUUUGAGUUCAGAUACAUGCAGACCGACCCGAACUGGUCCAACUUCUUCUACGAUCCUCAGACUCACCGGGUGGCGCUGCUGGACUUUGGAGCCACAAGAGGUUUUGAUCAAAGUUUCACCGACAUCUACAUCGAGAUUAUCCGUUCAGCUGCUCAGGGCAACAGAGAAGGAGUUCUGAAGAAAUCUAUUGACAUGAAGUUCCUCACUGGAUAUGAGUCCAAGGCCAUGACGAACGCCCAUGUCGACGCCGUGAUGAUCCUCGGCGAGGCCUUCGCCUCCUCCGAGAUCUUCAACUUCGGCUCUCAGUCCACCACCGAGAGGAUCCACAACCUCAUUCCAGUCAUGCUCAAACACCGGCUCACGCCUCCGCCGGAGGAGACGUACUCGCUGCACCGCAAGAUGGGCGGCUCCUUCCUCAUCUGCUCCCGCUUGAAUGCAAAGCUGAGCUGCAAGGAUAUGUUUGAUGACGCCUAUCGGAAGUACUGGGAAGGCCGCAGGCCCACCCCCUAAUGAAAUCAAGCCAACUGAUGGACUAGUACUGGGGGAGAGUGGAAGCCAUGUUUGUCUGAGAUAUUGAACACUGGUCUUUACUGUUAUGGACAAAUACGUGUGAGGUUUAAAGCAUAUAAUAUUCAGAGGAAUAGUUUUUUUAUCAAGAGGAAACAUGUCAUCUGCAUUGUUUUCAGCUAAACGCACAGGAACACAUGGCUCCAGAAGAAAAACAUGAAUGUAAAGAGGUUGCAUUUCCUUUCUGAUCAUUUCAAGGCGAUAUGCAAUUUUUUUUUUUUUUGUCCUUUCCUGUUUGGAUCGCUUUUAACUCUUUAGCUAAACUGUUGAAGCUACUUUUUAUUUCUUCAAAUUAAGAGUUUUUGUGCGUAAACAGUUUGAGGGAAGUGCGAGUCUCGGUUUAAACCAGGACCAACGUGUCUGAAUCACAAAGGAGACGAUUGAACCACCUUGCGUUGAACAAAGGGGCUGAUGGGAAUUAUUUUUGCUGCAGAAGUCUGACUCCUAAUGUGUAAAUGUAGUUUAUAGAUUUCUGCGUUAUUUUAGAUAAUGAGUGUACAGAUUGAUCAAUAGCUGUUAAUGAAUUUUAUCUUUCAUUUUUAUCGUUUUUGUUUCAAACCGUUCCUUUAGUUUUGGUAAAUUCUCAAAGAUUUCUGGGUAAAAUCAUCAAUUCACUCAGUUUGUGUCACCUGAUUGUUUCCAAUUUAGGGUUAUAGAAAUAACCCUUUAAGCUAUCAUGGACCACGUGAAUAUUGAGUUCCAGUUAACAAAAAGAUGAAGUCACAGGAAUUCUGUGUUUUUGUAGUUCUGAGUGAAUACAAUACUUUUAAUCCACAGUGGUUCAUGUCACAUCAACACAUCAGUUACUUCAGGGAAUGAAAAAAACUCUACGCACAAGAUCGGCUGGUGGAUUUACCCACACGCCUUUUCUGUCCAUAUAACUUCCCCUCCACAGCCUGCCUCCUGAUCGCUGUGCAACUCUAAAGUUCUCAAUGCUCUCUUACCUGCCAUUUGGUGUAAAAAUGUGGGAGAAGAAACUUAAAAAAAAAAAAAAUGUGCCUAUUGUUUCCAGCUGAGAGUUUUGGGUAGAAAUGUUGACUUUCUAUUAACUGAAAGUUGGAAUAAAAUAUCAUGUGAAUUAAGA